AACUAGGGCUGGCCGUCGGCUUGAAUCUCACUUGGUUCUGAUCAGUCGUGGUGGACAGAAGCGGUGUUCGUCCUUGGCCUUUUUCCUCUCAUUCGGUACUUUCCUUACUCGUCUGGCUAAGGAUUUUUGAGGAUUCCCAUCAUCGUCCUCGUUUUAGUACUCUCUUCAUCAUUGCUUGAUUAUUGAAUACCCAAUUAAACUUUCAAACUCAAAGUUGCUGCCCACACCUUCCAUCUACAUCGACUGUACCAAUUUCAAUCAAUUCUACCUUGAUUUCUUCUUGAGUUCAAUCAAUUCAUUUGAUUCCCCCUCAUCUGACCAUGAACAACCACGUCAAAGACGGCUUCUAUCCGGAUCGCUCCUUGUCUUCUAUAUCGACGGAAAGUGAGGGCUUGAGUUCACCCACUUCACCGCACGAUUUGUUGCCCCCUUUGGCCGCGCUAUUCGAGCCCAUGGGGCUAUCUGGCGAUGGCGGGAGCGGCCACCACGCUCAUGCUCAUGGGUCAGCUUCUGGCUCAAGUGAGUUGCGCCGUCUGCGCCAUCCACACUCUCACGUGCAGCCCCAGCCACGCUCUCUGGGCCACUCUCUGGAUUACGCUGAGAGCGCGCAACUCUUCGAGGAGCGCUUACGGCACAAUUACUUGGCGUAUGCGGCAGUGGCAGCAGAUGAAGUUCAUGGUCCGCCUUCGAACAAUGUACCGCCCAGUCCCGUGGAACUCAUGGUCACCAACUUGGAUCAAAGUAUUGAGCAAAGAGAGCUCAAAUCCAUCCUCAUCACCAUGUUCGAGCCUUUUAAAGUGCGUCAAAUCAACGUGUUCACCCAAUCCGAUGGCAACACCUCGGCGUCCGUGAAAAUGGCCUCCUUGGAGGACGCUCAAUUGGCCAUCAGUCGCUUGCAUCGGAGUAAAGUUGGAAAUAAGCGCAUUCUCAUCAACUACAACAACACAAACACGACCAAUCCGGCCAUUCUGAGGAAGAAAGUGAUCUCCAUCUUGAAGGAGGUCCCUGAGGGGCGAUUGCAGUUGUUCAAGUUCCGUGACAUGUUCGAGAAGCGCUACGCCAGUUCCAUCGGAGUCUCGGAUUUGUACAAGAUCAAAGAUGUGGUCAGCAUCACCGAAGAAGUCUCAGGUCGUAUUGUAUGUUUGAAUGCGUAUGCCAAGUACUUCAAUGACGAGAAUAACCUGGAAUCCAAGUGUCCCAUUCAUGCCCCAAGCAAUGAGGGAGAAGGAUGGGCGGAGAAAGAGGCGGGUACACAAUUGCCAAGUGUGAGCGUGUCUUUGGCUGUUCUUGGGCCAAAUUUGAAGCAAGUCUUAAAGGUAUGUGUCAAUCUUGGACCUGGUGGGAUGCCGCCCACGAGUCUGGGCGGACUUCCCGGGGGACCCAACAACUUGGGUCAUCUGACCUUGACUAAUCAGUUGAAUCAGCUCUCUCGGUAUUUAGUGGACCUCCUCAAGAGCCAAAAGGGCACCAAGAUACUCUUCCAACGCUUCAUUCCCGCUUACCACCACCAAUUUGGAACCCAACUCAGACUCAACAGCGCUAUCAAAUAUGACGAUCAGAGCUUUCAAAAUCUGGAAAACAGCUACACCGUUUUGGAAUCCUGA